AUGGAAUAUGAAGAGGAUGAUGACAUUUCCUUUGCAAAAUGGAUGAGCAGUUUCUGGGGUCACAGCUUGAUUGAUGAGAAUGAGAAAGAGGGUAAAGGCUACAGGAAACGCCAGACGCGAGCCUUUAGUGAAAGGAGAGCCUCCCUUCCAGCCAAGCUUUCGUCCAUCCAUAUGACAAGACUUCAUGCAUCUACCAAAACCCCAUCUUCAGGCCACUUGAGGGGCUGCAAGGAAUUUCAAGAGGGCCAAGAUGUUAAAUGCCAUUGUCACACGAAGGCAUGCAAAAUAUCCUCACCAGAUGGCUCGGGAUCAACAAGUAGAUCAAACUCGAUCCAGGAAUUUUCAGAAUCCUUUGAGAAGCAACUGCAUUUCAAAAUCAAGCGCUCAGUUUCUCUGCAACCUGAGGGCAUGAAGGAGAGGAGAGAGCGAGCAAGGAUGUGCAUGUCCAAGAGCAGAUCUCACAAGAAAGAGGGAGGGAAGAGGGAGCCAAAGAAAGAGCAGGAGGAAGAAGAAAGACCAGAGAUUUCUGCUGGAAAACAAAGCUAAUAGCAUCCAUCCUAAGUAGGCAUUAAAAAGAGAGAUUUCUAUAUUAAAGGUUACAGUGUAUUGGAGCCAUUUACUGAAAGAGUAAAGUGAGUUUUGUUUUGAUUAGAUGGAAGAGGCCAGUUAGCUAAAGUAAAGUAAACCCUAAUUUUUAAAAUAAAAUUAUUGCAGUGAUACCUUUGAGGCUGUUUUUCUAUUGUCCUCUUUUUACUUUCUCCAUUAGAAGCGUGACACUUGCUUUAAGGAGAGUG